AUAAACAUAAAUGACAAGCUAUCUGUCAAUCAAUAUUUGCCUUGCUGCCAUUUUCAUUUUGCCGGCAGGACGAAGGAAGGAAUUAUAAUUAUAGAAAAGUUACAGGUAAAAUUGUGAAAAUUAUCUGAUUCAACAAAACGAUAUCGCAAGGAUGUACGAAGGAGAUGAAUACGGGAGUGACUAUGAGGAAGGCGAUAGUGAAAUCUUUAGCUCCUCUUUCAAACCGUCCUAUGUCAUAGUGGCCAUUGAUACGCACCCAUGCAUGUUCAAAAAAAAGAGCGAAAAGGAACAAAUGCCAUUUCGUAUAUGCCUUGAAGCCUUGGCAGAAGUUAUGGAAACCUUGAUUUUCAAAAAAGACACCAGAAUGUGGAGUCCAUUUGCUGUUGUUCUAGCUGGUGCAGCUACUCCCUUAAUCAGUUUUAACCAAAGCGUAUUGGAUACUGUUAAGUUUCUACAAGUAAAAUGUAGACAAACAGAUGCUGAAUUGACCUCUCAGCACCAAAGAAAAACAUCUUUAAAUGUGUCUUCAUUUUUUCUUACCUGCAAGAAACUAUUCCAUGAAAUCAAGUCUGUUUUUCAUAAAAGAACCCUUCUUUAUUUGAGCAACGAUGAUAAACCUGUAACUGACAAAAAUGCUCGUUUUACAGCCUUUAACGAGAUCAAGACAUUUGCAGCCAGUCAAAUAGAGUUUCAGAUUAUUCCUACAAUACAAGAUUUUCAGUACAAGUUGUUUUACAAUGAAUUGUUCAGCAUUAUCGGUAAUCCAAAACGAGAAGAAAUCUGCACUGAUAAAGAAGGAUUAGCAGAAAAAUUGUCUUCUUUAUUAAUGGUGUCUAUAAUGGAAACUAGAAUACUUUUCUAUCCGUUUCCAGAUGAUACAGAGCGCUAUUUGAAAUGUAAAAGAUUCGCUUAUACUACAAACAUUCAGCUGUAUAAUCAGUACAUGACAAAAGAUGGAAAGAAAGUCAUCAAUACAGAUGCUCCUCCGGAUGACCAAGAAUACUUUAGACUCAAGUCUGAGGAUCCAAACCAAGAACACAUGAGAUUCGAUGCGCUAGAGAAGGAGCGUUUGAUGGACAGUGUAACUCCCAAGGGUCUUACUCUAGCCUUUGUUGGAGAUAGACAAAUCGGUUAUGGCCAUACGUUCUUUAAUACACAAAUACUGAAAGUUGAUCCAACAGAGACCUUGCCGUACUUCAAUAAGUUUUGGGAUCAUUGUGUAAAUUCGAAGAAAGUUUUGGUUUGUCUUUCAAAACUUAGACAGCCUGAUAGACCGAGAUAUGUGGAGCUCAUUCCAGUCUUGUGUAAUGGGCAGCAGAUGUUUUUGGAAAAACGGCUACCAUUCGGAAAUGAAAUAGUAAUGCCAUUUAAAUAUCCUUUCCCCUUGCCCGAAGAAGAAGUUGAUGACAAGAGAAAACUUGUCAUAGAACAAUUGGUCGAGAAACUUACAUUCGACUUUAAUCUCAAAAUGUUACCAGAUGUCAAUCUGCAAAAGAAAAAGGCCUACAUCAAAGCAAAACUACUGGACAUUUUUCCAGAGCCAGUUAAUAAUGUUGAAAUAGAUAGCACCGCAUUAGAUGGAGUUCUUGAGGAAGUAGUAGCAGAAAUACAGGCAAAGUUCCAGUUGACUGAUACAUUCAAAAGGAAAGCCCCUCAACAUUACAACAGAAGAAACAAGAGAGGAAAAUAAUCAACAAAAAUGUGUUUUUUAAAUAUUUUUAUACCAUUUUGUGUUUAGUUUCUCCAUUGAUAUGAAAAAAAAAAAUUGAAUUAAAUAUAAUUUUGAGAUGCUUUCAUUUUA